GAGUAUUCAUUUUCUUGCAGCUACCAUGUCAAGACCUAGUGACUACGAGUAUUCUGAGGAAAAACAAUUAACACUACCCGAUUUCCACAGAAGGUAUAAAGACAACUUACCACUUUUGAUAAUCGUUACAGAGGGAUUCUAUGGUGAGACAAAGUAUGACGAUUACGCUAACGAUCAGAUAAUUCGUCUUCAUCGACCAUGUCAACAGUUAAGAGCUCUAGCCAGACUAUCAAAGGAUGCUGGAAAUCUAAGAGACGAAUUCCUAAGUAUACCAGUUGAUGGAAAAUAUAAGUUUUCUGUUGUAAAAAGUUCAAAGAAAGUGGGAAACCCACAACUUAUGGAAGAAAUACUAGCAGAAAAUAAUUUGCCAAUCCAAGUUAGAUAUGCGAGCUACAACAUAGAGCUUAGAUCUACUCUGGAAAGUAUUAAAGGCGUCAAUAUACUGAUCAUGAAGACUUACAUAGAGGAUAACAUACAAGGGAACUGUUUAGAAGAUGGUGUAAUAUCACCGAUAUCAGCACUGGUGGCUCUAUGCCCAGAUAUAUCGGUAUCCAUUAUUACUGGAUACACAAAUAAACCGCAGGAACAGUUCCAGGCUAAGCUGAGAUCAAUGGAUAUUUUUGUACAGAAGAAUAUCAAAUUUCAGGAUAACGAAGGUAGUCCAGAACUUACCAAAUUUGAAAGAGGUGCGAAAACUACGGGAACAGGAAAUGCUGUACCUCCAGAUUUACUUCCACGUGAUUACAGUCAUGGCGGUGACUACAAUGAUGUACCGCCUAAACUAAUUCCUAGACAAAAAAGUAAAAGUGUAAGUGAUGAACAAGACGACAUUUAUGAAGCCUUACCCGAACCUGAUCCUCAGUGGUUACCUCCUCGACCCCAAAAAUAUUCCGCAGAAAAAAGGCCCCCAUUACCAGCACGGCCGUAUGAUUCCUUAAGUGCAGUUGUAGAGGAUCAGAACUAUCGUGUGAUGCAUGCAGACGAAAGUGUGAAUUUAGAUUCAUCUGACAAUUAUAUGUACAUUAGUGAAACAGGUGCAUCUGACAGUGACUAUAACUCAUCCACAAACAGCUGGUCAGCUGGAUCGUCCAAGUCUUUUGUCACUGAGAAAUCUGUCCAGGAGAUACUUGGUAUUCUUAAAACACUUAACUUGUCAAAGUAUUGCAAGGAAUUCGCAGACCAACUAGUCGACGGUGCUGUUCUGCAGGAAUUAAAUGAAGAAAUAUUGAGAAAGGAUUUCAAUUUCAUGCACGUUGAAGCGGUCAGACUUAUGAAAUAUGUUAGAUCUGGUCACAUUCCCAAAUAAAGCAAACAUUCAAAGAAACUUUCAAUUCGUGUCCAUAUCUCGUAGUAUUGAUUAAGAGUUUGUCUCAUAUUUAGGCUUUAUCAUAAUUAGAAGAAAUUAUUAAUGGAGAACGUCAUUUUAACUAUCAAUAUACCAUGUAGUUCUGUUAAGCAUUAUACGAGUAUUAUAAUCGAAAAUAAUUCAAGGUUGUUGAAGACUAUUCAAGGUUAUUUGAAGCUAUUCAUGCGUGCUUCCUCUGAACAUGUUGAUUUAAAUUUUUUCGAAGGUCAUCAUACAUUUUUGUUAUAUCGAAAGAUUUGCUACAAGUGAAAACAGCCCAAUCACUUUUUUUAAAUGUGAUAAUAAAAGACUUUCAGUAGUACUGAGCUAUAAAAGACUUUCAGUAGUACUAAGCUAUAAAAGACUUUCAGUAGUACUAAGCUAUAAAAGACUUUCAGUAGUACUGAGCUAUAAAAGACUUUCAGUAGUACUAAGCUAUAAAAGAC